GGACGCGCGGUGACGCCGUGACGGCAUCGGCGGCGGUGAGCGCGGUGACGGCGGAGGCGGGCGCCCGUGCGGGGCGGCCCGACCAUGGCGACCAUCGCCAUGUGCAACCUGGGUGACCCGGACGGCACCCAGCGGCCUGGACGGUUCCUGGAUCACUCGUCGUUGCCAAAGAUCAAUCCGCACGACGACGACGGCGGCGGCGGUCAUACCCAGGUGCAAGUCAGCAACUUCGAGCCCAUCCCCCACGAGCACGGCUUCUGCGAGCGCGUCGUCAUCAACGUGAGCGGACUGCGGUUCGAGACCCAGCUGAGGACGCUCAACCAGUUUCCAGACACGCUGCUCGGCGAUCCGGCCAGGAGGAUCCGCUACUUUGACCCGCUCAGGAACGAGUACUUCUUCGAUAGGAACCGAACCAGUUUCGACGCCAUCCUCUACUAUUACCAGAGUGGGGGACGCCUACGGAGGCCUGUCAAUGUGCCACUGGACGUCUUCUCCGAGGAGAUAAAGUUCUACGAGCUCGGGGAGUACGCCAUUAACAAGUUCAGAGAGGAUGAGGGCUUCAUCAAGGAGGAAGAGCGGCCACUGCCCAGCAACAAGUAUCAGCGCAAAGUGUGGCUUCUGUUCGAAUAUCCGGAGAGUUCGCAGAACGCGCGCGUGGUGGCCAUCAUCUCAGUCACUGUCAUCCUCCUCUCCAUCGUCAUCUUCUGCCUGGAGACGCUGCCCGAGUUCAAGCACUACAAGGUGUACAGCGCCACCAACAACACGACCGUGGAGGAGGACGAGGUGCCGGCCGUGACCGACCCCUUCUUCCUGAUCGAGACCAUAUGCAUCAUUUGGUUCUCGUUCGAACUGCUAGUGCGCUUCGCGGCCUGUCCGAACAAGGUCAGCUUCUGUCGCGACGUCAUGAACGUGAUCGACGUGGUCGCCAUCAUUCCGUACUUUCUGACGCUGGCCACGGUGGUGGCCGAGGACGAGGACGUGCUGCCCACGCCUAAGCCCACAGUGCCCGGCGCCGAGCACGGCUCCAACCAGGCCAUGUCGCUGGCCAUACUAAGAGUGAUACGGCUGGUCCGCGUGUUUCGAAUAUUCAAGCUCUCCAGACAUUCGAAGGGCCUGCAGAUCCUAGGAAGAACGUUAAAGGCGUCGAUGCGGGAGCUCGGAUUGCUUAUUUUCUUCCUGUUUAUAGGUGUGGUUCUGUUCUCAAGCGCUGUUUACUUCGCCGAGGCUGGGUCGGAAAACUCUUUGUUCAAGUCUAUCCCCGAUGCGUUCUGGUGGGCCGUGGUAACCAUGACAACAGUCGGCUACGGCGAUAUGACGCCGGUCGGCGUCUGGGGGAAGAUUGUGGGCUCGCUGUGCGCCAUCGCUGGCGUGCUGACCAUAGCGCUUCCAGUGCCGGUGAUCGUCUCCAACUUCAACUACUUCUAUCACCGCGAGACCGACCAGGAGGAGAUGCAGUCCUGCAACUUCAACCACGUCACCAGCUGUCCGUACCUGCCCGGUACUGUAGGCCAGCAGGUCAAGAAGGACUCAAUGUCCGACUCCUCGUCAGAGAUGGACAUGGAGGAGGGCCACCUGCUCAGCCACGAGGCGUCCACCAAGCUCAACUGUGCGCCGCGACAUAACAACAAUGUGAACGCAGUCAGUAUCGAGACCGACGUCUGACGGCGGACGCCCGCCCUUCUGUUCCG